AAUACGAAGAGACGCUCGUUCUCUCGAAAAUUCGAUAGAAUAGCUUGUGCUACGAUAAAGAAAUGUCGUUUGAAAAGUGAUUACGUGAGACACGAAGCUAUACAGCUAAAAUGCACGGACGCUUUAUACCGCGUAGCUACAGGCUCAGUGAUUUUUCAAAGCUGCGCCGUUUGUCCUUCAUUAGCAAAGAUGGUGGAUGUUUUUUAUUUGUAACUCUCGUGACGAAGGGAGUCGCUGGUUAAUGGCAAUAAGCCUGUACAAAAAAGGCGGGAAAUAGAUUUUGAUUCUAAGACUGUCUGUCAUACGGUUUUCUACAAAAACUCGCUCUCUUUUAGGAACAUUGUUCGAGACUACGACGCUAGAAAUACAUAUCGACUUGGCAAAAUGGCGGGAAACUUAAAUAAACCUGCUAUGUAUUCUCAUAUAGUUCAACGGUUCUUGAUAAUCUUAUCACGGGUGUAAUUAUCAUCACGUUUAUGCGUUUUUCUGAUCAUUCAGCAGAGGAGAAACCAAGUCCAACGAAAAAUAAACGAGGAGGCACGAAAAGACUCUCUACACUAGAAAGAUUGGCUCAAGAAGGAGAGCGAGUCACAAAGGAUUUAAAUGCAUCUGUUGGAGAAGUUGAAGGGAGGAGGCGCACACGUAGUUCAGCACGAGGCCUAACCUCAUCAACACCUGUGCCAUCUCCACCUAAAAAAGAAAAGAGGGAUACAUCAACAAAAGGCACUGGUCGUGGACGCGGGCGUCCUAAACGGCAAGAGAAAAAUAAUGACAAUAAUACAGAUGAAGAAGCAGCUAACAAUAAAAGCGAAAAGCAUUCUGAGGAGGAAUCUAUGAAAAUGGACGUGGAUGAACACAAAGAGGAAACAGAAAAAUUGGCGGAUAGCGAGGACAAGAGUGUUGCAAAAACUGAAAGUAAAGAGGCUUCUGAAAAGGCGCUUGACUCUAAUUUCAAGGAGGAAAAAGUUACAGAAGAAUCGGAAAGCUUUGCAGAAGAAAGCAAGAGUUCUAGUGUCAGUGAAGAGAAAAAGGAGGAAGACAUAAAGGAUAGCUCGGAUUCGAGUCAAGAUGCAACAGACACAACAACAGAGGCACCACCUUCAUCUUCAUCAGAGUCUCAAAAUCCUUCUAAUGCUACUACUACAGAAGAAAAUAAGGAAUAACCUCCUUUCGUCUGUUUACCAACUUCAUCAGGUACCAGGGCGGCGCACACAUUGGGGUUACAAAUCCAGUCCCCUCGUCUAUUUUAACAAAUUGACACCUUCUUGCCGAUCGUUAUUCUAAUCAGCGUACACGAGUAUUAUUUUCCUUUUUAAUUCACAGACGAAAUAUUGAGAUAUGUUUUUGCUAUACAUUCAUUACCAGGAUAAAUAUGUUUAAUUAAUAUAUUAGAUGGUAUUGGGUGUACCAUAGAGUAGUUACUCUAAUGUACUUUUACUUUGAUAAAGAGUAGAAUUACUCGUGCACUGAUUAGUUUACGAUGCAAAAACAAGGUGUAGAGCGUACGUUGUUCAUGUACAAUGAUAAUAUUAUUGUAAAAUAUAUUUAAUAUGGACUUAUAUAGACAAGUUGUUUUCAAAUCAGAGCUGAGGCCGGAGUCUUUAAACACCAGUCUUCAAUUCAGAUCUGAUAUGGAAGUAGCUAAAAUUAAUUCGUACAUAGUAAAUUACUGUAAUACCUUAUCUUAUAUAAAUAAUGACUGAAUGAAAUGGAAUAUAUGAGAAUUAUGGUGAAACGAUUUCUCUUUUUUCAUGGUAUGCAGAAAUAAAAUUUCUGAGAAACGCGUCGUGACGUGAUAUCAAUUCUCCUUCCUCGUACAGUGUUACUAAUAACAACCGGUUUUUCGAUUUUUCAUAUUUUCAGUUUCUUUUGUAUUUGGCAACUAACACUUUGAUAGGAUAUGCUUUCUUUCUAUCGUCCAAAUUGAAAAAAGAAGAAAAUGAAAAACAACAGAAAUAUUGUAUGAUAAAUUUAUGCAUAUGUAUUUUUUAUAAUAGAAUUUCGCUGCCUGUUGAUGUUCUGUAAUGAAUGUAAAUCUUUUUAUUAAGCACCGUUUUCUUUUCAUUUAAUGGUCCAAUAUUAAAUAUGUUGAUAUUAUUGUGUAUUUGAACGGUUGUGAAUGUACAGAUAGAUUAUAUAAUUCAUUGAACUAUAUAUAAUUAAAAGGUCUACAGGUUUUAAUGAAAUACAGAAAUGGAAUGAUAAAUCUAAUCGUUAAACGCUCGAACGUUCGAACAUGUGUGCAAUUAAAGAAGCAGUUUGUUUUGAUCGCGCUUACAUAUCUUUUAAAUCACGCGAAUGUAAAAUAAUUUUAUCCUUCUCCUCUUCCUUGAUAUUUGUUGCAAAAUUUUUGGAUAAAUUCUGAAAUAAUUUAUCGAGUUUAUUUCUAACUCCAGCGUUAUUCAGAUAAUUGACAGAGUUUGUAAACAAAGAAAGAAAAAGAAAAAAGGUAGAAAAGAAAAUGGUUUUAGCUAAGUUGCUUGCUUCUGAUAAUUACUUGUAUUGUAAGGGAAAAUAGGAUUUGCCAUUCCAUGUAUUUUUUCUUUUUCUUGUAAGUAGCACGACGAGACAAAGCGUCGCUUUUCGCGAGAGAUUAAAAUCAAAUGCGAUACGCGUGUAUAUAGUUAAGGUUAAGCUUCGUGUGUGGCAAUUGAUCUUAUCUUCGACGUGGUAGCGUGAAGGAUUGGAACGACAUGUGUCAGCGUGAACAUCUGUUAUAGAAAAUAUAGAAAGUAUAGCUGAAA